UUUUUGUUUCGUUGCUUCACUCAACUCCAACACAAUGCUCGUCCGAUCUGCGUUGAAUCCGCAGUCAACCGGCUCUGCUCUCCAGCUGCUGCUGCUGCUGCCGGUGGCGCCCACUGCCGCUGCUGCUCGCAUGCAUGGCGGAUCCGUCGCUCAGCGGAUCCACUUCCGCAGCCAGUCCUCGGCUUCAGCUUCAGCUUCUGCUUCUGCUUCUGCGCUUGCUGUUCACAUGGCAGCACGAGGACGCGGUCGUCUUGGCUCCAACAACCCCAUCCAGACCACCACUCUGGCCACUCUGACCACUCUCAAUGCUCUCGCUGCUGCUACUACUGCUCUCACUGCUCACGCUCGAGCCCUGCACUCGCAGUCGACGCCCGCGCUCGCACGCCCCGGCCGCUUGAAUCCGCUCGUCGCGCAGUCGCUCUCGGCGUCCAUGUCGGGCGGCCUCAUCCUCUCCAAGGACAUCCCCGUCGGUCCGCAGCCGCCGCUGUACACGCUUGCUGGCCUCAAGUCGCGCUGGAACCGGCUUCGGCGGCGUGUCCAAAACUUUGGCAGUGCUGCAUAUCUGAGAAAGCUGGAUGGCGAGUUUGGACGUGCGACGUUCGCACCGAUUGCUCAGACGCUUGCGAACGAAAUCACCACCUGCGUUGCGACUGGCCAGCAUACUCGUCUCCAGGCGUUGACUUCACAGCGAUUCUACGAGCAACUCAAGAAGGCUCCCAAAUCACCCACUGGCGCUCCUAUCAUCGAGCAGGUCGACAAGCCAAAGAUUGUCAGCAUUCAGCUUGUGAACGCCACUGCGCAAACCAUGCUGGCCCAAGUCACUGUGGAAUUGUCGCAAAAAGAGAACGGCCACCACGCCUUCAAGUACCCUGUUUUUGAGCGACAGCUUCGAUUGGACGCGUCCAAGACCCAAGCACUCUCUUGCACUCCAUGGAUUGUGAUUGGCAAGGUGGAUCCUCCGACCGAACCCAUCACCACCACCACUUCUCAAUAGCGAUGCUUCUCAAUACAGCUGUUUGGGUUGCCUUUCUUUCUUUUUCCAGACUUUCUUUCUGCCACAGAAUUCCUUUUUUUUUGCUCAGUCAAUAGACAAGAG